AUGGCUCUUUCGACGUCGCCUCUGUCGUCCGGUGGUAGGCCUCUCAAGGGCAGGGCCUCGUGCGUUUCCCAGCAAGAGUUUGAGAGUAUCUGCGAAGCGGAAUAUCUCACGCCGGAAAUCAGUCGGUCGAGCCGUAAGGAGACUGGUGAGCGUCAAGGGAACAAGGGUUCCGAGGUUGUCGGAGAGCUUGCAACGGAUGGUGCCGGUCGUGGUAACCAGGUUGGAAGGUAA